AUGCUGGCAUUGCUAAAGGACAGUGAUAUUGAAUGUCUGGGAGAAGUGCCCACACCUUUGUUGCCUCCCCUCCCGCCCCUUCACCAUCAACCACUCCCUUCAGCUCCACCAACAGCUACAUCCUCCAGUGGUAUGAUGCCCCCGUCAGGUAUGACCAUGUCAUCAGCACCAGCACUCCCCCAGAAGCCACGUCCAGAAAAAAUUUACAAGUGUCCCAGCUGUGACAAAUCCUUCUCCCAGCUGGGCAAUCUGAAGACCCACCAAAACAUUCACAACCCAAUUAAACCCUACCAGGACUUUGCUCAGUGCAGUCACCUGAACCAGCACAUGCGCAAUAAACAUGAGGGCAAAGUACCACUGGAUGAUUCUCAUGGAAAUCGACGUAACAAGUUUGCUGGUCAGUGUGAUACCCUGGGCAGGCCCCAACCUCUACCUUCUAUUUCGACAAUUAAGACAAGUAAUUCUCCUGUGCCAUCAAAUGACGGGUAUCAACCUAAUUUCUUUCCUUCAUUUAACCAACUUAACCACCCUCAGCAGAUGGCAGCAGCAGCUGUAGCCCUGACCAACCGACCCCAACAGGAUCCUCACAUGCAGCCAGUGCCAGGUGCUUCACCCUACCCGAUACCUUCACAACAGAUACGAAACCCUCAUCCUCAUGACAAACCUAUGGAGAUGUCUCUGUUUCACCAUUUUGCGCAGUCUGGUUAUUUUGGGCACCAUAUCCGAGACCCAUUUGCCUACCCACCUCCAGAUGGAUACAUACCGAAUCAUUUUCCUUUGUCUUAUAGCCUGAAACAGUAUUUCCGAGAUAGUCCAGGGAUACAGGGAAAUCCAGUAAUGAAUACUGACAGUAAGGACUUUCUGGGAAAACCUCUAGAAAAAUCUCAGCCUAUGCCGCUGAUGCUUUCUAGCCAUGCUAAAAUGAACCAGAUUCCAAAAGUUGAGGGCAACCAAUUGACACAGUUUGACCAUCAUCAAAACAACAUCCUAAACUUACAUGACAGACAUCAACCCAAUCAGAUGCCCAGCCAAGAAUCAUCUCACGUUAAUCCACUAUCUCCACACAAUAGCCCUCACAUGAAUCAGAUGUCUUCACCGGAAAGAUCUCACCUAAAUCCAAUGUCUCCUAGCAACAGGAACCAGACAACACCAAUGUCUUCCCCCAACAGAUCACAUUCCCAUAACAAUCAGUUAACUCUUCCUGAGAGACCCCACAGUAGCCAAAUGAACAAUUUGUCACCAUCAGACAGGCCCCAAAGUACUCACAUGAACCACCUGUCAUCAAUGGACAGGUCCCAUAGUACCCAUAUGAACCACCUCUCCUCCUCAGAGAGGUCUAACAAUACUAAUAUGACCCAUCUCUCACCACCAGACAGGCCUAACAGUUCCCAUAUGAACCAUCUCUCACCAUCAGAAAGACCUAACAGUAACCAUGUGAACCAUCUUUCACCAUCAGACAGAUCUAACAGUACCCAGAUAAACCAUCUCUCCCCAUUGGAAAGACCUAAUAGUAUCCAUAUGAACCAUCUCUCACCAUCAGACAGAUCUAAUAGUACCCAGGUAAACCAUCUCCCCCCAUUGGACAGACCUAAUAGUACCCAUGUAAACCAUCUUUCUCCAUUGGACAGACCUAACAGUACCCAUGUGAACCAUCUUUCUCCAUUGGACAGACCUAACAGUACCCAUGUGAAUCAUCUCUCUCCAUCGGACAGACCUAACAGUACCCAUGUGAACCAUCUUUCUCCAUUGGACAGACCUAACAGUACCCAUGUGAAUCAUCUCUCUCCAUCGGACAGACCUAACAGUACCCAUGUGAAUCAUCUCUCUCCAUUGGACAGACCUAAUAGUAGCCAAGUGAAUCAUCUUUCACCAUCAGACAGACCCCAAAAUAGCAAUAUAAACCAUGUUUCACCAUCAGACAGACCUCAAAGUAAUCACAUGAACCACCUACCACAGUCAGACCGGCCUAGUAGUACCUAUAUGAACCAUCUCUCACCACCAGACAAGCCCCAAAACAAUCACAUGAAUCAUAUUUCCUCUUCAGAUAGAUCUCAGAAUAAUCAUAUGAGCCAUCUGUCUCCAGACAAAUCCCAGAGCAACACCAUGACCCCAGCAAAUAGAGCUCACACAUCUUCCCAUCUAACUUCCCAGGAAAUACCUCUAAGCAAUAGCCACUUACCCCUGCCAGAUGGGACCCCGUUAUCUGGACAAAGCACCUCACCAUUGACAAAGAAUCUGACCCAGGAAUCUCAAAUACCAGAAACUCAGCUGGUACCAACCUCUUCAAAUAGCGUCUAUGACCCAAAUAAAGACUCACAGUUGCAUAACUCCCCAGAUAAAAAUAUGAAUGGUCAAUCCACAAUGUCUAACACUUUGAGCCAACAGCAGAUUAGAGUUCCAACUGAGAAAGCUCUCUUGGAGUCAACUCCUGUACAGCUCCUAAAAGUACCUCAAUAUGGACCCCUGCAGACUAAUGUACCCCUGCUAGUUCCACAGUAUGAUACUUCCUUAAUUAGUAUUCCACAGAAUCAUUAUUCACAAUCAAUAUUUAUUUCUUCCUUUUUUUCUUUUAAUUUUUCUUCCCACUCAUCUUUUGCAAUUUCUUUUUCUUUACUUAUCAUUUCUUCUUCUUUUUUUUAUUCUUGCUUUCUUUCUCAUAUAUUUUUCCUUCCAAAAAUUGUUUCUUCUCUCAUUUCCUUAGUUCUUUUUAGAAUUUCUUUCUCUCUAUAUCUUUCUUUUUUCUUCCCACUCAUCUUUUGCAAUUCCCCUCCCUUUCUUUCCUUAUCAUUUCUCCAUUUUUCUUUCUGCUCAUCUCUUGCAAUUCUCUCUCUCUCUCUCAUCAUUUCUCCCUCUUUUAUUUUGCUCUCUCUUUUCUUCAUACAUUUUUCCCUUCUAAAAAAUUAUUUUUUUUUCUCAUUUCCUGAGUUCUUUUUUAGUAUCUCUCUUUCACUAUUUCCUCCUUAA